AUGUCUACGCGAAGACCAAUCUACUUCAACGCCGCUGCAGCCUCCGAAACUUGCCCUCCUGUCCGCGUACCGGGCUUGGAUUCAUUCCAUCGCAGUCUGCCAAACUACUCUCCAACACCCUUGAUCUCACUCCCUGGUCUUGCGGCUGAACUUGGCGUUCGGGCGGUCCUGGUCAAAGAUGAAAGCAACCGGUUUGGCCUGCCUUCCUUCAAGAUCCUGGGAGCGUCCUGGGGUGUUUUCCAAGCUGUAACAUCACGACUCGGACUGCCGCCAACAGUGAGCCUGGAAGAACUGUCGAAGAGCACGAAAACAGCACAAAUCGCCUUGUUUACUGCCACGGAUGGAAACCAUGGGAGAGCAGUCGCUUUCAUGGCGAAAAUCCUCGCGCUGGAAGCGCACAUAUUUGUUCCCAAGUCAGUGGAUGAGAACUACCGAAGCCAGAUCAGCGCAGAAGGCGCACACGUCCACGUCGUCAAUGGGGACUACGAUCGAGCCGUGCAGGAGGCUGCUCAGGCUUCCAAUGCUGCCGAGGGCGGCCUCCUAGUCCAAGAUACCUCCUUCCCUGGGUACGAGGAGAUCCCGACCUGGAUCGUCGAAGGCUAUUCCACCAUGCUGAACGAGGUCGAAGCGCAACUCGCGGACUUGGGCUUGCAGGGCACUGUCAUGACGACUCCUGUUGGAGUGGGAUCUCUCGCACAGGCUGUCGCUCAGCAUUGCAAAUCCCGUCCCAGACCCGUUGCUGUUAUCGCAGUAGAGCCGGACACAGCAGCAUGCCUAUACCAGAGUUUGAAGGCUGGCAAGUCGGUGUCGAUCAAAACGUCCUCCACCAUCAUGGAUGGAAUGUGCUGCGGGACCCUGUCCAUCACCGCCUGGGAUUAUCUACGCAGGCUUGUGGAUGCCAGCGUCACGGUGUCUUGCUAUGAAAGCCACUGUGCUGUUCAAUACCUAGCGUCCCAGUCUGUGGCGGCUGGGCCCUGUGGAGGCGCCACCCUUGCUGCGUUGAGACACCUGGCCUCGACGCAGCAGACGAUAGUGCCGUUGAACAAGGACGCCGUUGUGGUUCUGCUGAGCACUGAAGGGCCUCGCUCGUACCCGAUCCCUGCGGAUGUGUCGCUCGACGACCCGGUCGCUCUGACGCAGACACUCACCAGAAUCGAUUCGUCCAGCCCGACGCUCUCAGUCUCAGACGGAGCUGGUGAGACCAGGAUUGCUGAUUACAUAGCUGCUUGGCUCGAGCACCGAGGGAUCGAGAACCACCGCGUUGAAACGACACCCGGCCGUCCAUCUAUUGUCGGAGUCCUUCGUGGCACUGGCGGGGGAAAGUCGUUGAUGCUGAACGGCCAUUCAGACACGGUCAGUCUAGCUAGCUACGACCGAGAUCCGCUGUCUGGUGAGAUUGUUGAAAAAGACAACCGUCAAGUGGUCGUAGGAAGAGGCAGCCUUGACAUGAAAGGAGGCUUAGCUGCUGCCCUGAGCGCAAUGUUGGCCGUGAAGGCCAGUGGUCAGUCGCUGCGUGGCGACGUGAUCCUUGCAGCGGUUGCGGACGAGGAAGAUGCCUCUCUGGGGACGAAGGAUAUCAUCGACGCAGGAUGGCGGGCCGACGCUGCUGUGAUCCCGGAACCGACCAUGUUGGAGCUCAUUGUCGCUCACAAGGGGUUCGUCUGGGUCGAAGUGGACAUCCUCGGCGUCGCUGCGCAUGGCUCGCAACCUGCGCUGGGGGUCGACGCGAUUCUCCAUGCCGGAUGGUUCCUGAGUGCACUGGAGGCCUAUCAGCGAACCCUUCCCACGGACGACGUACUAGGUCCGGCUUCGCUGCACUGUGGGCUGAUCCGAGGCGGCGAAGAACCGUCGUCGUAUCCAGCCAAGUGCACGGUGACGAUUGAAUUCCGCACGAUUCCCUGUCAGACGGAGAAAUCGAUCCUGCACGACAUGAAGACAUUACUGGCGAACAUCGCACAGGAAAAGCCCGAAUUCCGCUACGCCGAACCGCGCAUCACCUUGUCGCGUCCAACGCAGAAACUGGCCGCCGACCAUCCCUUGGUGCAGAAGACCGCCACGAUCGCAACGCCCAUCCUGGGGCAUCGCCCUCCUGUCGGCAGUCUGGCGUUCUGGUGCGAUGCCGCGCUCCUGAGCGAGGUCGGCGUCCCUGCUAUCGUCUUCGGUCCGGCCGGUGCGGGUCUUCAUGCCAAGGAGGAAUAUGUCGAUGUGGAAAGUGUCAAGAAGACAGAGGCGGUUUUGGUCGAGUUGAUUAAGGAGUUUUGUGGGUAG